CCGGCCCGCCGCCCCCGCCGCCCCCGCCGCCGCCUGAGCGCCGCCGGGCUCCCGGCGCCCCGGGAAGCGGAGGGCAGGCAGCGGGCGGGGGCUGCCGAGCCCCGCCGCCGGAGCCACGGGAGCGGCGGCAGCAGCCCGCGGAGGGCUCUCCCUCGCUUUUCUUUAUUUGUUUUUCCUCCCCCACCGCGCUUCUUUUUUUUUUCUUUUUUUUUUUUUUCCCCUUUUUUUUCUUUUUUUUUUUUUUUUUUUUUUUUUUAUUACAUUUUUCCCCUCCCCUUCGCACUCGCCCAGCUCUGCGGACGUGCUCGCUCCCGGAGGAAGGCACCCGGCCGGAGCGCUCCGCGCCCGCGGAGAGGGGCCCCGCGCCCCGCCGAGCCCCAGGGCCCCUGCGGAUGCGCGAAGCUCUCCUCCGGCCGCCCGUCCUCCCGCUGGCUUGCCUGCUGGGCGCACCACCUCUUUGUCCUCCCGCGCCCACGUUUUUUAUAAUUUUUUGCUUGUUUGUUUGUUUUUAAGCAGACCUGAACAUCACCGGGGGCGGGGAGGGUGGGGGGCCCAGCGACGCUGCCAGACCGACCCCUGCCCAUUUCUCCUAAGGAACUCUCAUGGCUUCGCAGCUGCAGACAAGUUGCCGUGCAUCUUGGUGGACUAUCGGAGUUUGCAUCCUGGCGGCCGCGCUCCUACCAGGGCUGCAAGCUCAGACUGUCUUAGUCAAUGACACAGUCUCGGGAUUUAUCGGGACAGACGUGGUCCUGCACUGCAGCUUCACCAAUCCGCUCCCCAAUGUGAAGAUCACACAGGUCACGUGGCAGAAAGCCACCAAUGGCUCCAAGCAGAAUGUGGCCAUCUACAACCCUGCCAUGGGGGUCUCCAUCCUCUCUCCCUACAAAGAGCGAGUGACUUUCCGGAAUCCUUCUUUCAAAGAUGGCACCAUUCAGCUCUCUCGGCUAGAGCUGGAGGAUGAGGGAGUUUACAUCUGUGAGUUUGCUACCUUCCCAACUGGCAACCGGGAAAGUCAACUGAACCUCACUGUGCUGGCCAAGCCCACAAAUCGGAUGGAGGGCACCAAGCGGCCUCUUAUUGCUAAGUCUGGCAGGACAGAAAAGAUCUUGGUAGCUACCUGUACCUCCUCUAAUGGGAAGCCCCCCAGCACUGUCACCUGGGACACCAAGCUCAAAGGGGAAGCGGAGUUUCAGGAGAUCCGGAAUAACAAUGGCACCAUCACAGUGAUCAGCCGGUACCGGCUGGUGCCGAGCCGGGAGGCACACCGGCAGCAGCUCAUGUGCGUGGUCAACUACCAGCUGGACCGCUUCACCGACAGCAUGACCCUCAAUGUGCAGUAUGAACCAGAAGUAACUAUUGAGGGCUUUGAUGGCAACUGGUUUCUCAACCGGAAGGAUGUGAAGCUGAUAUGCAAAUCUGAUGCCAACCCCCCAGCUCACACCUAUGAAUGGAAGCUGCCAAACGGGACUCUGCCAGGGAGUGUGGAAAUCCAGAACAACACCAUCUACUUUAAAGGGCCUGUCUCCUACAGUGUGGCUGGCACCUACAUCUGUGAGGCCUCGAACGCCAUUGGUACACGGUCGGGCUUGGUGGAAGUCAAUGUCACAGAAUUUCCCUACACCCCGUCUCCAAUUGAUGAUCGCAAAUCCAUGGUGCAGCCGAACAUCCCCACACCGGUGAUUGGGGGCAUAGUGGGAGGAGUCUCGCUGGUCCUGGUGGUGGCCGUGGUGCUCUUUGUGGUACUCCGGCGUCGGCGUCACACCUUCAAGGGUGACUACAGCACAAAGAAGCAUGUGUACGGCAAUGGCUACAGCAAGGCCGGGAUCCCGCAGCAUCACCCCCCCAUGGCCCAAAACCUCCAGUACCCUGACGACUCAGAUGACGAGAAGAAGCCGGGCCCACUGGGCGGCAGCACCUAUGAAGAUGAGGACGACGAUGCGGGAGGUGAGCGCAAGCUCGGUGGCCCUAACAAAUACGAGGAGGAUGCUAAGCGGCCUUACUUCACAGUAGAUGAGGGGGAGGCGCACCCCGAACCUUACGAUGAAAGGACACUCGGCUUCCAGUACGACCCCGAGCAGCUUGACAUAGCGGAGAACAUGGUCUCACAGAACGACGGAUCUUUUAUUUCCAAAAAGGAGUGGUACGUGUAGCUCAGCACCCCAUCGCUACACACACACACACACACACACACACACACUAGUGAUGCCCUCCCACUCCCCCUGCAUCACUGCCGAGCGGGGCCGAGCGUGCCACGGCCGCUUGCACACACACUGCACGCACGCUCACCCCCGCACACGCAUGCCUGCCCCCGGCCAUCCCCAGGCGCUCAGCAGAGACUUUGGACGCUUCCAGCACUGGCAGGAAGGGCAGGCUGGGGCGAGCGGGGAGGGAGGGCAGCUUUGCUUACAGAUCAUUUUUGGGGCGUACGGGAGGUGGGAGGUUGGGUAAUUAUUUUCUCGGUUUUGGUUUUGCUUUUUAAUUUCUCUUGACGACUUUCGUCCCCUUCUGUGGUGUUUGUAUUGGUCGGUGGCUUAGGUGUUACUAUUUGCUUUAACGACUGUUGCCCAGCCUGUAUAUUACACUCUGUUUGUGUCUUCAUGUCUCAGAGUGCCCUUCAGCCCCACUUCCCUCCUGGAGGUUCCUCCUCCCACUUCUGCACCCCUGAAACACUGGAAUUUGUUUGUAUGUUGUCUUCUUUGUUUUUUUUUUAACCUUGGGAGGGGGUCAAGUGGGCUGUCCAUAGAAGGACAGAGGCCAGGAAAGCUUAUGGCAAUGGAAACAUAGGUGCCAUUAUCAUGUGAACUGAUUUAUUUUUUUUCCUAAUCACUUUCUUUUCGGUGGGGUCUGGGUAGCAUUCCCAUUGCCCACUGCACGCCUGGGAAGAUCCACUCUUAGUUUUUAAUGACUCAAUAAAAGGAAAAUGAAGAGAAAGGGGGGAGAAAAAGCCCUAGAACAAACCCCAGGUGCAUGGGCUGAUAGCAGGGCAGGGAAACAGAGCUGCCAUUUUUCUCCUACAAUUUAUUAUUUCCUGGCUUUUCAUUUUCUGUCUUUCUUUGAGUGUUCUUUUAAAAGAAAGAAAAGGAGUAUUUAUUGCUGACACUUUUUCCCCUGUGAUGGCUCAGAGAAAUGCUGGCUCUUCUUGUUCUUGUUGCUGUUGUUGUUGCUAGUACCAGCCACAGAGAAGUUAACUCUGGCACAACAGUUGUGCACAGUGCUGUGCACACACCUUGCUGCUGUUGCCUGGGGAAGGGGACCAACCGAUACCACUUCGCGUCUGCCACAAACUCACUGCCUUCAGCUCUGGCCUGCAGACCCCAGCAGGGCUGAUCUUCCAGCAUACCAUCCAGUCUCUUUGAGGGCUUCAGUACAGGAUCAGGCCUCUAUGUUUUAUUAUACCACUAAGACUUAAUUGUCAUGUGUUUACACUUUUUUUUUUUUUGGGGGGGGGGUGUCAGAGCAUGGGGGUGCUUCUCUCUAACUCUCCUAGCAACAACCCCAGCCAUUAGAUAUAUUGCUUAGUUUGCAUUGAUUGCCACUUUUUCAAUAUCACAUCCCUCUUCUAAGCAAAGGCUUGGUAGACAGGGCAGGAGGGAGCAAGCCUGGGGUAUUGAUCUCGUCCUCCUUCCCUUGAGCCAUUGCAUUGUGAUGAGGAGGCUUGGAUUGCUGCUAUCUCUGCUCUGUGGAUAAAUGGGAUUCCAGACUUCAGGGCCCUCUGUCUGACACUGACCAUAUCCAAAUUAGAUUCACUGGGUUGGGGCUUAUUUUUCUUCUUGUGUGUUUUUUUUUGUUGUUGUUUUAGUUUUGUUUUGUUUUGUUUUGUUUUUUUUUAUUUGAUGUACAAAUAAAUCUUUUGUUUGAAAAGAAAUCCCCAGUUUUCUGAGCUGUAUUAUCAUGCAUAUCUAAAAAUAGCAGAACUAAUUCUCCUCCUGCCUUACCCACUGGGUUUUGUUCUAUAGCAUCCAGCAGUUAUCCUGAUACAAAAGGGAGGGUGGAGAGUCAGACCCACGCAGAUGAGUCAAGGUCAGAUCUCUGAUCCAGGCAGCCUCUAAUGCUUUCCUUGGUCCAGACAAUAUGAAGCUCAGCCUCAGCCAUCUACAGUUUGUAGCUUGCUCUUACGUGUUAGUGGUGUAGGAGAGUGGGAAAUCCAGUUGUUACGCUGUAAUCUUUCUGCUGUUCCUGCCAGCCCUUCAGACUUCCUGGCUUUUGGCAGAACAGCCAGAUGCCACAGGAACGCCACUUCAUGUCCUCUCAAAGCAGGGCAGAAAAAGAUUCUCUUGGGAUCGCUCGGGCUGAACCUUAAAAAAUAUGGCUAAACAUUCCUGUGUCCGUCCACUGACACGAGGAGCACCCUGCAACCAAGCAACCCCCCAGUAAAGGAAAUGAAAUCUCGAACAUCUCUCUAUAUCUCUGAUUACAAGCAGGGGCUGAUUAUUAGGAGUGGUUGUAAACCUGUAGAGGGAAUGACUUCCCUCCAGUGCAUUGGGAUAACAGCAUCCACAGGGUUUUAAUUCCCCAAAGUGUGAACGCUGUAAUCUAGAUCCGGACAGAGCAGCAUUUCUGAGCACUGUACCUUAGCCACAGCUUGAUUUAAUGUUAACAUGGGGUGUGCUGCAGAGCCUGCACAGUUUGUGGCUCAGAGAUAAUUCUCAACAAAGUCCAUCUCUCAGGUGAAUAAUCCUUUAGAUCUGAAUUUAACAACUAGGCUCUAAAAAGGGUUGUGACAAUGUCUCCAACACCAAACUCUGAGCAGUCCAUGACCAAGCACAGAGUGGAAAUUGGUGGCACAGACCUUCCUCUGCAAAUUUCCCCCAGCACAGAUACAUACUGCGAGGAGCUGGAUUUGGAAGAAAACAACCUUUUAUAACAUCUCUAGGGUCCAGCAGCGAUUCUUUCGUAUUCUGCAUUAGUCACAGGCAGGGGCCACUGAUCUGAUCUGGCAAAUUCACACUGUACUCUCCACAGCACUGCAGGACCUGAGCCCACAGUGAAGUUGUGUCCUAAAGACCAAAGGUACAAAGCAUUGCAAAUGGAGCAGACAGGCCUGGGAGAGGACAGGACAGUAUGGCUGCUCCUGAGUUAAGGUAUGGCUUGCAGGAAAUAUGAACAGAGAGUCCUAAGAAAUAUGCUUUGAUAGUUAUUAGCUUUGUACUUAGAGGUGUCAUUUUUGGAGAUGUAGCCUCCUUGGCUUAUUCAGUGCCCGAGCACACACAGUAUACAUAGUUAACUGAAUGGGGGCUCAAAAAAAACGUGGGACUCAGAAAGAGGAGGAGAUAGCAGAGCAAUAUGGUAUUUUCAAGCUAGAGCCUCUAUACGGUUCUCUUUCUUCUCCAUCACACUUUUUACUCCCCAGUACUGCACCAGCACAAGUCUAGGAAAGAGCUUGGCCACUUAGCUCAUCAGAGUGGUUCAGAAGAGGUGUCAAAUGAUUAUUUUUUAUCCAGAACCUGGGCAAGCCUGGAGUGGAAGAUCCUUAGACAGUAUUGCCUGGCACAGCAGUGAGGUAUCCUACAAGUUCAAGGUUCAUCCUUGGACCCUUCAGCAUUACUCCAUUGGUGAAAUUACCCCCACAGCCAUAGAGAAAUGCCACCUCUCUGCAGUGACUUGCUUCUUGCUGUCCCUUGCAAGGUCAGCUAAUUGGCCAAGAGACUCUUGGGGUGGUAAUUAGCCAAGUGAUUAGCCAUUGAUCCAUAGCAAGGUAGAAUUAAAAAGAAGAGUGGGGAAAAGAUUCAGAUAGAUGGUUCAUCUGAGAGCCGUUUUGAUCCAGUAAUAGCAUCACUCCCUUUUCUGGAUUAAAUGGCUCUGAGGAGGCCCUUGAAUGUAUUUAGAUCAGGUUUUCCACCAGCAUCAGGAUGAAGUGGUACCUGUCUCUACCUGAAUGUGAAGGUGAGCUCAGUAGAGACGUCAAAUUAAGGACAGUGUGCAUCCUGCUUCCUGGAAGGUUCUGCAGGGGAGUGAAGGUGCUGGGGACAGCCCAGUACUCACCCUGCAGUGCUCUGAGGGAAGGCAGAGGGGCAAUCUGUUCUUUCCUUGGGGGAUGGUGUCACUUGUCCCUUUCUCGAAAUGGGCCAGAUUCUGGCAGGCUGGAGUCAAGCUGCUGAUACUCAGUGGUGACACACUUUUCACAGCUGCGCACAUGAGCUAACCAGCUGAACCACCUCUCCAAGGGACCCUCAGGCUGCCUCAAAUGAAAAAUCCCCUGCUUCUCCAUCCCCCCUUUCAUCAGAGGUUCUAAGGGACCCAGCAGAGAGCAAGCAGAAGCUUCCAGUUGGGAGGUGGAAGCUGUUUGUUGUGCUGUCCCUGCUUCACAGCUAUCCGCAGAGGGCGGGGUGGGCACCCCCAGGCUACCCCUCUGGUCAGGGUGGAGCAUGUCCCUGUCCCUGUUCCCAGCACCUGCUGUUGGCACAGUGUCGGCCAUCUCUCUGCCUAGGUGCUGGGGAGCUGAUGCUCUCCAGGAAAUGCCCCAUUUUACACUGGACCUGAACUGGUGUGUUGCAUUAGUUACACCUGAGUUGGCUUUCUGGGAAGUGCCGUCACACUGCUUGGGGACUGGGUGUCAGCAAAGUGCCUCAGAGGCACAGCCAGUUGCCAUUCGUCCAUUUGAAGGGAUCAUUGUCCAGAUCCCUUUGCUGGCUUCUUGCCAAUAGACAUACCAGCGUGGUGCUUUUCCCUUCCCAAGCCCUGAUCCUGGAUGGCAACUUGAGGCAAAACUUGUGGUACCUCAAGAAAAAGCUGGGCGGAUGUGGAAGCUGAACAGGCACAUGAGAGGGAGGUCAAAGUGAGCCCUGUGGUACACUGCUCUGGGUCUCACCAGUAUCUCAGGAAAGAAGAUGCAGGUGAAUUUGGGGCGAACCCCCAGCUCCUUUCCUGUGUGUAUGUGCAGAGCUGUACUGAAGCAGAUGCAUCUGUGUCACAACCCAAAACAAGCCUGUAGUUUAUGAACAAAGACACCCCAGCUGUUUUCCUGCUACGGCUUAUCUCUAGGAUUAUUCAUUACAAUUCACCCUAGUGAUGUUAUUUUCCCUUAUUUAAUUACCAGAUAUUUUUUUUCCCCUGUUGUUAAAUAAUUUGAGUUCAACCAGGGGAAAAAAAAAAUAUUUUAAAAAAUCCCAAAGAUUUCUUAGUAAAAAAAAAUCAAACAAACUGAAAUGGUAGCACCAAAUUGAUUGCAAAGACAUAGGGGACAAAAGGAGGCAUUUUCCUGAUGUUGAGUCAAAAAAGAAACACAACUGUUCAGCAGACAUCACUGAGGGUUAGAGAGAGAGAGAUUCCAAAGAUUGAUCUUCAAGCAAUUAGAGAAGGGAAUGCAAUUAGAACGGGAGCUGCUGCUCUCCUUUGCUGCUUUUCUUUCCCAAACACAAGCAUGCACACUCACAGAGAGAUUUUCCGAGUUUCAGGCACUGGCUAUUAUGCUCAAAGGAUGGAGCAGAAAACCCCAUUGCCCAGCUCAGUGUGGGUGAAGGGCAAAUGUUUCAUGCCUGCAGGCUGCACAAAGCUGAGGUUUUAUACUGUGUAAAUGGGGUGGGGGGAUCCCAGACCUGUUUUGUUCUAAGAGGAGAAGCAGUGAGGCAGGUUGUAGCCUUUUGCCAGGAGGUUAAAAUUCACUGUAAGUUCCCACCUUCACAACCGCUCCUGUUGUAGCACUGAAGUUUUUCGGGUCUGUUUGCUGGGCUGUGGGCAGUGGGCCCCCGUGGGGAGAAGAGACACUGCCAGCAUCAUGUGCACUGGCACCUGUUCUUCAUCCUGCGGGGUUUACAAGAGCACUUUACCUUCCCGUAGCCUGCAAUUUCACCCCCCUCUUUCCCUGCUCUUCGUAUUUGAUGCAAUUUGCUGUCAAUCUGAGCAGCUCCUUGAGACAGGCAGGGGAAGCCUUGGGGCAGGCAAGGGUGCAAAGGCCUCAGGUCCAACCACUGCCUCACCAUCACUCCUAAAACUCUCUGGCCUCUCCCCAGGGGCUGCUGGCACAGACAUAGGGAUGGUCUAGGGUACCAGAGCACAGCCAAGGCUGGGGUGCCAGAAUGUGGGGUGCUGCCUUCUGCAACAGGGGGAAGGAAACAAUUCAGUCCACCAGCAAGGGAAGGAAACCCAAGCCUUAGACAGGAGAGUGAGUUUGUACCUCGGACCAGUGUGACUUUCCAUACGUAAUUUACCUGGAGGUGAAUGUAACAACCAUGCGGUGUCAGAUCCUCCACUAGCAUAGACUGGUGUUGGUGGAGGUACUCUCACUGAGGAGCUGUUUUUUCUUUUCUUUUGCCUUUCCUUUUAUAAAACAUAAUUUCUUAACUCCAGUGAUUUUAUCUCCCUUUUUCCUCUUCCUCUUGCUGUAAUUAUCAUUGUGGAAUAAAGACUACAGGCAGACAAACAACUCCAACCCCACUUUUUUUUUUUUUUUUUGGUAAUCUGUGUUGUAAGUGCUUUU